UUAGAUCCACUUCUUGCCUUCCUUUAUAAACACUACCCAACUGUCCAACUCCUUACAAUUUCUCCUCACAAAUUUUAUUUUCCCAUCUCUCUCCAAAAAAUGGGAAAAGAAAAAACACUAUCAAAAUCAAGAACAAUGGCUCCAAGAAUGGUGGCCAAUUUUCGCAGAUCUCUUUCUUUUCCAAAUCAUCCAAACCAUUCAAACAAACCCAAAAAAAGCUUCCACGUUAGAUCCGCUAGUCUUCCAUGUCGAUCUCAUCCAUUAAUUUCUCAGCUCAAAGAUGAUCUCAACGGGCUCAAAACAUGGGCUUGUAAGCCCGAAAACCGAACUUGUGCUUGGCUUUGUGAUGGGCUGAGUCAACUUAAAGUUGUUCACGAGAGUCUUGAUGAUCUGCUUCAACUUCCACAAACACGUGAAUCUUUACAUGGACAUUCUGAUUUGGUUGAGAAGCUUUUAGAUGAUUUUCUUCACUUUGUCGAUGUUUAUGGAAUUUUCCAAACCUUGAUACUCACCUUCAAGGAAGAGCAUUUAGCAGCUCAGGUAGCUGUGAGGCGCAAAGAUGAAUCCAAGAUUGCUUCUUACGCUAAAGCUUUGAGAAAAAUGGCUAAAGAAAUGGACAAGCUCGCGUCCAGCGUGCAAUGCAUAGGAAAAUAUAUCGUGCCUCAAGAAUGUGUACCUGUGCCUGAUGGAGAUGCAGAGCUAGCAGAAGUCAUGAAAGACAUUAUAGAAGUGACACUAUUAGUUUCUAUUGCACUUUUCAAUGGGCUUGCAGUAUCACUGGCAUUUCCAAAACCAUCUUGUUCAUGGAUCGGACUAGGAAUGAAGACAAAGAAAGUGAAAGAAAAUGAGGCAAUUGUGGAAUUUGUAGAAAUGGGAUUGGAGAAUUUAUUGAGAAAAAAUAAAGGGGGUGAAGAAGUGAAGAUUGCAUCUAAGAAAAUGCAUGAAUUGGAAGAUUGUAUUUGUGGAAUUGAAAUUGGUGGAGAGAAAGUGUUUAGGAGUUUAAUUAAUGCUAGAGUUUCACUGCUCAAUGUAUUCACACAGUAGAGGGAGGUAAAAUGGAAAUUUAAAAAUGAUGCAUACAUGUAUAUUUUGCUUAAUUCCUUUUUUGGUUUUUUUACUAUUGUCAUUGAUUAAUUUGUUAUUGUCAUAAAGUUAAAUUUGUUUAAUGCGGGAAAAAAAGUUUACUGUUGAAUAGAGAAUAUUCUUGAUUG